CAGGUCGCAGUAGUUCGCCAAAUAAUUUUUAUUUAAUUUCACGUGUUCAAGUGUCAAACAAAUCUCAAGUAUCAGACACUGCAAGUUACUAAAUCAACGCGACUUGACGUUAUCCCACCUCUGGAGACUAUCACCAUGGCGACGUUGACCCUUCUACUGCUUCUCAGCGCUGCCUUUACACUGGGUGACAUAAUGACUGUGAACAAAGCAAAUGAUUUGGUGAAAUUUGCAGCAGACCAAAGAAACCUAUGCCCCGGAGGCUGGUUCCAAUUUAAUUCACGCUGCUUCAUGUUUGUCAAAACUUCAAGGACAUGGCCCAAUGCAGAGCGCCACUGUCAGUUACUUGGAGAAAAACUGAAGCCUGUGCACAACACUGUAAAGUACCUUGGCGCAAACCUGGCAUCUGUGCACAGCUAUGAAGAGUCCCAAUUUCUACAGGCGGUGGUGUUGAUCGCGACUGGCAGUUUCCCUCUUACCUGGAUUGGCGGAUUUGAUGCUGUUCAAGCAAAGGUGGAAAAGGACAGGCUAUGGUUCUGGAGUGACGGCUCCAAAUUUGAUCACGAGAGCUGGGCUGAAGGGGAGCCGAAUAACCACAAUGGUGCCAGAGAGCCAUGUAUUCAGAUUAACUUUGGAGCUGAAAACGGCUGGAACGAUGAAUCAUGUGGAAAGAGCUAUCCCUCCGUGUGCUCCAUAAGAACCUGUUUAAUCCUUCAAACUAUCAAUUGAAACCAAAAAUGCUACUCUGGUGUCAGCAUCCUAACUGCAAAUGUUUCAUAUUAUAGUGAAUUACUUUGAAGGUAUUUGUUGCUGUAAAAUACGUUUGACUUGUGUAAUUAUUGUAGCUUGUUGUCAAUAAAACGGGUGUACGUA